AUGAAGCCUCGCUCUCUAACGUGUGCUAUGAUUGCUGGUUUCUCCGCAGUGCUUACCGUGGUUACAGCGACGGCAUUGCUCUUCACGUACAUCGAAUCUAUCGAAGACGAAAUGAUCUCUGAAUUGAAACAGCUCAAGGAGGAUACGGAUUACAUUUGGAAGGAGAUGAACCUGUUGUCAGAAUCGUCUCCCCUGUCGACCAGGAUAAGGAGGCAAGUACUGGAGGAAAUCAAGUUGGAAGCGAUACAAGAUGAAGACUACGCUUCAUCACCGCCCUCACUGUCAUACUUGUCAUGUGCAUGUCUCUUCAACAACUCUUGCCCUCCUGGACCACCUGGCCCGGCUGGAGAAGAGGGUCCAGACGGAACAGACGGUGUCGAUGGUACUGAUGGCUACGACGGUUUUGACGCCGUUCCUAGUGAACCUUCGAAAAUCACAAAAGGAUGUUUCUAUUGUCCUCCAGGCGAGCCUGGACCGCGUGGUGCCGAUGGAGUGCAGGGUGAGUCCAUGCUGUGUCAAACAAUCACAUAA